AUGGAUUUGGCAUCAGGAUCCGGUUCACACGACCCUGGAGAACCUCCAGGUCCAUCGCAGCUUGGUGGUGCAGUUGAGUCACCUACCGGAAGAUCAAGGUUACAAGCCACGGCAACACAAUCACUCAGCAGAUACGAGUCGCAGAAGCGCCGUGACUGGAACACGUUCUUGCAGUAUUUAAAGAACCACAAACCACCGUUGACGCUAGCGAGGUGCAGCGGCGCCCACGUGAUCGAGUUCCUCAAGUACCUCGACCAGUUCGGGAAGACGAAGGUUCAUGUGACUGGAUGUCCUUACUUUGGCUACCCAAACCCACCGGCGCCGUGUGCUUGUCCACUGAAACAAGCUUGGGGGAGCCUCGACGCGCUCAUCGGCCGGCUCAGGGCGGCGUACGAGGAGAACGGCGGCCAACCGGAGUCAAACCCGUUUGGUGCUAGAGCUGUGAGGAUAUAUUUGAGGGAGGUGAAAGAUAGUCAAGCCAAGGCUAGAGGUAUUCCAUAUGAGAAGAAGAAGAGAAAAAGAGCUGGUGGCAGUACGCCGAGCACCACCGCAAAGGCAGCAAAUACGUCGGUGGAUGAUGGUGCAGGUGGUGGGGAUGGUGGCAUUAUUUCUAGUAGUGAUUCUGCUCCUGUCACUUCUACAUUAUAG